UUCUCCUCCAAUCCAUACGCAGAGUCCGGAGUCUUUCCUUGGAGAAAAGGCAGAGGUUCUUUCCCGAGUUUCUCAGAGCUGUAUACCGCACAGGAAAUAUUUUUAUAAAUAUUUUACUGAGCUAUGGCAGCCAAAGGCGUGGGUAAGACCAGAGGCACAAUCUAUGACUUUCCUGGUUUUGAUGCCAAGCAAGAUGCUGAGACGCUUCACAAGGCCAUGAAGGGAUUUGGAACUGAUGAAGAUAUCAUAUUGGACCUACUGACGCAGAGAAGUAAUGCCCAGCGGCAGGAAAUUAUUUGUGGCUAUAAAACUGUGAUUGGAAAGGACCUGAUUGAUGAUCUGAAGUCUGAGCUGUCAGGAAAGUUUGAGUCACUAAUUGUUGCUCUCAUGCUUCCCCCUGAUCACUAUGAUGCCAAGGAGCUGCGCGAUGCCUUGAAGGGUGUUGGGACAUCUGAGGACGUUUUGAUUGAAAUCUUAGCAUCGCGCAGUGAUGAACAAAUCCACCAGAUUGUGGCAGCUUAUAAAGAAGACUUUGAAUCUGAUUUGGAGGAGGAUCUCGCCUCAGACACAUCAAACUACUUUCAACGAGUUCUGGUUUCCCUGGUUCAGGGUAACAGAGAUGUUGCUGGAGCCGAUCUUUCUCAAGCAGAAGAGGAUGCAAAGGCUCUUUAUGAAGCUGGUGAAAAUGCCUGGGGUACAGAUGAAGAACGAUUCAUUGCCAUUCUCUGCUCCAGGAGCAUCCCUCAUUUGUUGGCAGUGUUCAAAGAGUACCAGAAGAUAAAUGACAUUGAUCUCGAGGACAGCAUUGCAAGCGAAUGUUCGGGAAAUCUGCAGCGUGUUAUGUUGGCCAUUGUCAAAUGCGUGAAGAACACACCAGCCUAUUUUGCAGAGAAACUUUACAAUGCUAUGAAGGGUGCUGGCACAGAUGACAGUACUUUGAUGAGAAUUAUGGUGUCUCGCUCUGAAAUUGAUCUUGCGGAUAUCAAGGCUGCUUACAAAGCCAAGUAUGAGGAGACUCUCCACUCUACAAUUGUGGGAGAUACAAGUGGAGAUUAUAAAGAUACUCUAGUGAAGAUCUGUGGUGGAGAUGACUGAAGCUUCCUUGUUCUCAGAGAAUGGACCACAAAUGUUUUGACUAUCACGUGUUGUAGUUGUCAUGCUUUCUAUAUACAGUGUUUUCUAAAGGCAUUCAGCCCCCAACUCUUCAUUCACAUAAAUGGAAUAUUACAACCAGGGAUUUUGAUCAAUUUAACUGAGAAUUUUUAUUCAUGAAUUGCAUUUUGCUUUUUUUUUGUACAAAGUAGAGCCCAAAAAACAGUAAAAUUGAAAAGCUUGAAAAACUUAAAAAUUUCAAAAACUGAAAUGCCUGCAGUCCCAAAAUAUUUAUCCCCUUUGCUCAGUACUUAGUUGAAUCAUCUCUCAUAGCUACGACCGACUACAAAACCUCUACGAGCUUUGCACUACAUAAUGGAGCAUGAUUUGCCCGUACUUCCUUGGAAAAAUAGCUCGAGUUGUGCCAGGUUCAUUUGGGGGUGGUGGUGGACGGCUAUCUUGAGAUCUUGCCAGAGAUGUUUGAUCAAGUUAAGAUUGGGACUCUUACUAGACCACGCAAGGACAUAUUUUCUACAUUUGAAGCCACUCCACAGUUCCUCUUCCUCUGGCUGUGUGCUUUGGGUCAUUGCCCAGCUGAAAGAUGAACUUCCUCCCCAGUUUAAGCUUUCUGGAAGAUGCGAGCAAGUUUUUGUCCAGGGUCUCUUUGUAUUUAGCAGCAUUCAUUUUCCCAUCAAUCCUGAGCAGAUUUUCAGUCCCUGCUGCUGAAAAGUGUCCCCAUGGCCUGAUGCUACCUCCACCAUACUUUACCCUAGGGAUGAUGCUCAGUGUUAGAUUUAUGCUACAUGUACCGGUUAGUGUUGAGGCCAGAAAGUUCCACUUACUCUCAUUCGGCCACAAGACCUUCUUCCACAUCUUGAGAGUAUCUUCUGAGUGACACUUGGCAGUCUUUAUGGGCAAGGAUAUAUUUUUUUAAAAGCCAGGGCUCAUUUCUUCUCACUCUUCCAUAAAUACUCUUUUUGUGCAAGGCUUUAGAGAUUAUGGAGCCAUGAACUUCAUCGCCAUUUGCAGCCACAGACUUGUGCAACUCACUCAGAGUGGCUGCUGGCAUCACGGUAGCCUCUCUUGUAAGAGCUAUUCUUCUCUGCGACUAAGUUUAGAGGGGAGGCCUGACCUAGGCAGUGUGGCUGUGGUUUCAUAUUGUUUCAAGUUUUUCACGAAAGACUGCACUGAACUCUGAGGUAUAUUCAGUGUCUUUGAAAUGGUUCUGUAUCUUUCCCCAAAUUUGUCAUUUUCUAUUAUCAUUUCCCUGACUUGAAUGCUCGUUUGUCUUCAUUGAAAUCUACCAUACUGUUGGACCUUACAGAGGGGGGUGGUAUUUAUUCAGGGGAUCCUCCAAUUUUCUACAUCAAUUAGGUGAGUUGUAAGGUAAAAUACAGUAUUGCACCUGAGGAAAGUUAGUGUAAUAAUUACAAAUGGGAUGAUUACUUUGGUUUUUAAUUAGUAAAUUGUGGACAGAUUUUGGAAUUUUUGACAUGCACAAAAUUUUGUAGAGUUGGCUCACAAAAAACCUACUUCAAAUGUUAGAAAUUGAGACAGUAAAAUGUGAAAAUAGUUGUGGGGGCUGAAUACUUAUUUAUUUCACUGUAGCUUGAGCAAUAAUUAUGCUUUGUAUAAAUUUAACAUUAGAUAUUUCUAGUAAAUAACACCAGGCUCUCAAUUACAAUACUGACGUGGGCUUACAUGUACUUGUAAAAUCUUGAAGCACAUAUUUAAAAAUCAUUCAAAGUUUUGUAGUGUGUUUCUAUCCCCACUAAUCUAUUUUGAUGUAAUUUUGUUUUAAAUAAUUUGUUCUUUCCACAACCAGCAUCAACUUUACAGAGCAUACCUUGUAACCAUGCUUUUCAAUUAGCAAAUUUUCAAUUAUGAAUUGAUAUAUUCCAAAUGAAAUUUGAUUUUUAUUACAAAUACUACUGCCCAUAUUAACUGGAAUGGUGUGGAAUGAAUUGUGAGAUAACCUUGGCUUGAUGUAUUCUCUGGUGCACCACCCUUGUCCACAUCACUGAUUUAAGAAUAUAAUUAAUACCACAAUGCAUUUACAGUUAAAUGGCUUCAGUCGUCUGUGUUAAUGUUAUGUUGAGCAAAAUGCAGAAGACAUGGUCAGUACAGAAAUUAUAGCAGUGUGGGCCUAGCCUUGCUAAACUUCAAGCUACUCAUGGAGAUAGAUCAACAAUUGAGCCUGCCAGUUUUCUAACAUCCAAAAUACCCAGCCAAAGGAGAAUGUACAUGGGAAGCAACCAUUUAUCCUAAAAGUAUAGAGGAGUCCCAUUUAGUGGAACUGGUUUUUCCCCCACCCCACCCCAGCUUUUUGUAGCUGGAAACCAGUUUGAACCUAAUAAUCAACUUCAUCAGAAGCCAUUUGGUUUUGCAUCCCCAUCUGGUUUAAUUCUCAACUGUAGUAGUAGGUAAGAUUUUAACUUAAAACAUCUUUUUCUUGCCUGAGUGAGUUUAAAUUUACUCCCUUUUCUCAUUCCUUAAAUGCUUUCUAGGACAAAAUAGAUUGAUAUUUAAAACAUAGUAUUUAUUAUAGAAGUGGUUUGUGUACAUUGUCAGUUGAAUCACUGCUACAAUGCACAUGGUCCUGCUGGAACAAUUUGACAUUGAGUAGUGUGUUUAAUUGAUAGUAAUGCAGAAAAAAGUAACAUACUAAAGAUUUUGUGAUAACUAUUUCGUAAAAGUCCCAAUUGGAUGGUUUUGAAGGUUGCUUUUCUCCCAGAGGGUAGUUAGUAUGACUUGCUCAUAUUGCAUAUUGUCAGGAAAUAUUUUUGUGCAUCUAUGAAUCAAUCCCUGCUGCUAUCGAAGAAAAAUAAAAAAUAUUCUGC